UUAAGGCAAUUUCCGCAGAUUAAAGAAGUGGUUAAGAAGCCUGGCAGACCACAUAAAGAAAGCUUCAUCAUGACCUGGCUCUGGAUGGCUUUUGUUGCCUUAUACUGUUCCUUGAUUUGUGAAUGUGCUGCAGAUGUUGAGAAGAGAGCAGUUAAACUUGGGGACAAUGUCACACUUCACUGCAGCUGCAUACACUCGGAAGAAACACUUUGGUUCGGACAACAAUCUGAUCAAACGCCUUUCUUAAUUGUCUCUGUGAAAUCUUGGAGAAACGGUAGUUUUGCCGUUAAAAACUUCUUUCAAAGCUAUAUUGCCGAGUUCAACAAAGAAAAUAACUCCAUCAGUCUGAACAUUUUAAAUAUCAGAGCGUCUGAUUUGGGACUAUUUUACUGUCUUACCACGAGUGGCUCAAUGAAGUACAUUGGACACGGACACCUGCUUUACAGAGAGAGAUCCAGCAGUACUACAACUGUGGUUCAACCGUCUCCUCCAUCUCCUCCACCUCCCGAGAGGACAAAAGAGAAGUGCUGGGUCCUGCUGGCUGCUGUGUGUCCAGUCUGUGUCCUGGUUACUGCUGUGCCCCUCACAGCCUGUCUCUGUUGGCUCUGUUAUCGCAGAAACGGGGAAACCUGUUCUCCCGUGAAGCCUGAAUUCAGAUGCAGAGAAAGGGGACAACAGGAGAGGAGUAAAGACAGAGUACAGGAGGAAGAUGAUGGGUUGCAUUAUGCCACGUUAGAUAUCCCAGCUAAAGGCAAACGGACCAAAACAUCUCCAAACCUGGUCAUCUGA